GGAGCCCCGCUCGGCUGCAGCGGCCGCGGCGGGCAGCGCGGACGCCCGGCGCGGCCCCUCCCGGCUGCAGCAUGGAGCUGCCGGCGGUGGGAGAGCACGUCUUCGCCGUGGAGAGCAUCGAGAAGAAGCGGAUCCGAAAGGGCAGAGUCGAGUACCUGGUGAAAUGGAGAGGCUGGUCGCCCAAGUAUAACACGUGGGAACCGGAGGAAAACAUCCUGGACCCCCGUCUGCUGAUCGCCUUCCAAAACAGAGAGCGGCAGGAGCAGCUGAUGGGAUACCGCAAGCGGGGGCCGAAGCCGAAGCCGCUCGUUGUACAGCUUCCCUCCUUCGCCCGCCGCUCGAAUAUCCUCACGGGGCUGCAGGACCCUGCUGUGGACAACAGGCCAAAGCUGGACCUCAGCUCCUCUGGCAAGAGCCAGCAGCACCAGUACGAACUCAACAGCAAGAAGCACCACCAGUACCAGCCCAAUGGCAAGGAGAGCAGUAUGAAGCACCAGUCCCACAGCAAAGGGAAGUAUUACUACCAGCUGAACAGCAAGAAGCACCAUCACUACCAGCCCGACCCCAAGAUGUACGAGCCCCACUACCAGCCCACUAGCAAGGAGUCACAGAGCCAGGCAUGCUUAGACAGUAACAAGAGCCCCAUGGUCACCCACCCAGACAAGUGGGCUCAUGGCCCCACCAAAAGCUUGCUGGGCCCAGUCAAGAACCUGUCUGCAGAGAGCAAGAAUGUGGCUGAGAAGAACCUAUCAAGUGGUACUGGGCCACCCCCUCGGGAUAGGGUAACCAGCAACGGUCUUGGGGGCAAGAUGAAGAUUGUCAAGAACAAAAACAAGAACGGGCGCAUUGUGAUCGUCAUGAGCAAGUACAUGGAGAACGGGAUGCAGGCUGUGAAGAUCAAGUCUGGGGAGCCACCCCGGAAGCGGGCUGCGGAGGAGAGGACUCCUAAGAAGGGUGGGGAAGAGAAGCUGGAGGUUUGGAGGAAGCCAGGGGAGGAAAGGAUGGUGGGCAGCAAUUCUCUGAGCAAAGCAGAGGGAGAGGGGAGGCAGCCCUCUACAGAGCUCGAGGAAAAUCCCAGAAAGACUCCCCUGGCCAAGGAGCUGCCUCUUCCUCCUCCAGAGCAGCCCCUGCAGCUCACCACCAAACCAGACCUCGUGCCCUGGUCCCUGAAUCCUGCACACGAGCACAGCCCUUCUUCCAUGGGACUGAACCUCUCCAGCCCGAGCUCCCGGAAGCGCUGCCUCUCGGAGCCACACGAGGACAGGGAGCCCGGCAAGAAGCGCCUCACCUCCCGGAGCAUCAGUGCCCCCACAUGCCUCAGCCCCGCUGCCCCGGAGAGGCCAGAGGCCCCCGCCCCAGCCGCUGCCCAGCCGGAGGUCAUCCUGCUGGAUUCGGACCUGGACGAGCCCAUAGACUUGCGCUGCGUGAAGCCGCGGGCGGAGGGCGAGCUGGCCGCGGCGCAGGUGAAGCCGGAGGCGCCGCUGGUGCCGGCGGAGAAGCCGGCCGCGGAGCCUCCGCAGCCCCAGGAGGCCGCGGAGGAGGAGGAGGAGGCCGAGUCCCUGCAGGAAUUCAAGCCCUUCUUUGGGAAUAUAAUUAUCACGGACGUGACCGCAAACUGCCUGACCGUGACCUUCAAGGAGUACGUGACGGUGUGAGGUGGGCCUGUGGCUGCUCCCCAUGGGAGGCGCCGGCCCGGCCGGGGGCUGCCAGCCCCACGGCCUCCCUCUAAGGUACUGGCACCCCUUGCCCGGAGCCGCGGCCGCCGGGAGAGCCUGCCCGGCGCGCCGGAGGGGCGGACGGGCAGGGCCGGCGCGGCCGCCGCGCGGGGCGGCCACCGCGGGCUGCCGCCGGGACCUGCCGGCACCAGGACGCGCGAGGAUGGGGCCUGCCAGUUACUCAGAGUUACAUAGUAUUAUAUUUUAACAGUGCUAACUUGUCGAGUGAUUCUUGCUCCCGUUUGUACGUGGUGUUAUUGAAAUGUAUUGUUUGAGCUGAAAGCUGGUCUCUCUCCGGCCGUGCUAAUAUAUUUAUUUGUAGGUAUUUAUAUAAUGAAAUAUAAAGCCUAGAUUUAUGGAGUCCCUAGAUCACCUUAUAAACUAUAUCAAACAAAUAUUUUCUGUUCUCCUUUUUAACCAUUGAGCAUUUGUUAGUCUCAUUCCCUUGCCCUCCUUACAACCUGCAGGACCAUCCCCUGGUAUAUAUUUUUUGAUACUGUACACAUGUGGUGUUUCUAUGUGCAAAAAAAAAAUCGUUAUCUAAAGCUAAACAAGCUAUUAUAGAAAUUGCUGCUAUUAGAAAUGUCUAAACUAUAAGCUUUCAAUUAUUAAUUGCUUGAAUGUAAAUAUUAAAUGGAGAUGUUGAAAGUGCAUUUGAUGUUCUGCAGCUAGUGUAGAUCGGAUUGCAAAGCCCAGCUGUUCGUAGGUGGAGCACAAGCUGCCAGCGGCGCUUCCUGGUCCGAGGGCUGUGUCAUGGGGAAAGAAAUGUAUCAUGCAAUCAUUGCAAAGGACUAUAAACCUUUACAAAAACUAC